CCCUCGUGCACGUGGAUCACGCCGAGAUGGGGCACGGCUCGGAGGCGAGAAUAGCGUCGCCCUACAGCCUGCGCGUCCUGGACGAGUCCACGCAGUUCUUCUCGCCGUGCCCGGCGCGCCGCCGGGGCGCCGGCGCAGUGCUCGACGGCGUGGGCUCGCUCGACUCCGCGCCGCCCAAGAUUCGGAUGUGGUGGGCGGACCGUGCGCCCGAAUUCAGGGCAGCAGCGCGGGUGGCGCGCAGCCGGCGCCCCCUCGCGCGCUACCGAUCGACGCCGCAUCGGCCGCGAGCCAAUGGCAAGAUCGAGCGCGUCAAUCGGCUGGUGGUUGAAGGCGCGAGAUGUGCCUUCCACCAGUCUGGCCUCGACGAGCGCUGGUGGCCUUUGCCCGAGCGGCACUGGGCGGCGAACUACAAUGACAGCGUCAGGGGCAAGGGCGGCUUCACACCUUGGCAGCACCGCUUCGGGGGGCCAGCCCCAUUCGUCGCGUGCCCGUUCGGCGCCCUCGUCUUGUUCCGGCCUGCUGCUGGUUCGAAGCCCCUCGAGCUCGGGGGCGACCUCCGCGGCUCCAACAGGUGGCGGGGCCGCUCGGUGCCUGCGCUGCUGGUUGGCGUGGCGGCCGGCCUGGCCGAGCAGUGGGCACAGAGCUAUUUGAUCGUUCCACUCGCGGCAAUUUUGGCGGACCCCCGAGCUUCUCGGGUCAGCGUCCGCGCCGUCGCGGACGUCGUCUUCCCCGACGAAGCGACGUUCCCCUUGGCCCAGCGCCUGGCCUUCAAUGGCGUUUUCCGCGACCUCAGCCUGCUGGCGCCGCUCGCCAGCGACGACGCCGAGGGGGGCUUCGAGCUGAUCGCCGACGAGCCGGGAGAUAACGAUUUGCUUGCUUACGACGGGAGGCUGAAGGAGAACAGCCCCCAGUUCUCGUCGACGAGGCCAUCGAUUCUCGACGUCGUUGUCGCCAUCGAUCCCGAUCCCCACGAGGGCCCAGACGCUCUGGGUCCGGAUUUCUGCGGCGAUGCAGACGCUGAUGCUGCUCUUCACUCUGGCCGCGCGGCCGUCGAGCCCGACGUGGCCGAAGCGUCGCGGCUUGGCGUCGACCCCGAUCCCGUCAUGCAGCGGGAGGUCCAGCCCAGACCAGGGCGCGCUCCGCCGAGCGGUUGGAGGCGUGAUGAUGUCGGCGCCGACGGCCAGAUCAGACGCUCAGCGUGGGCCCCGCCGUGGUCCACCCGCCCGCCUGCGCUGGAGCCAGAAGUCUGGUUGUCUCUGAACAUGAAGCAGCGGCGGGCUGAGCGUGACAUCUGGCAGGUGGCUGACCCCGCUGGGUUUGCCGCCCAGGAGAGGAGGCGCGAGGAGUUCCAGAAGCUGAAGGCGAAGGGCAAGGUCGUGACGGCCGCCCCGGUGAUGCCUCGCCUCGCAUGCUCCGCAUUCGCAGGCACCCCCGACGAGGUGUGCUACGAGCCGCCCCAGCAUCCGUGGCGCCGAGGUCAUUCCGCAGCUGGCGGGCGGCAUGCAGAUGCUGCCUCUGACGACGCUGGCGCAGCACCCAGCGAUGCCGCAGGACUUGCAGUUCCGGCUGCGCCGGCUGGUCUCGUCAUCGAGGUGUCCACGGUGCCCGAGCUCAUAGCCGCAGCCAUGCCUGCCAUCAUGAGCGGCAAGCACCGCCAGAUGCUCGUCGAGCUAGCUGUGUUGCUCUGCGGGGCGCGCGCCUCGAUCACCAAUGCCGCGAAGGUGUGCGCCUGCGCGCACGAGAAGGGCCAUUGCUUCACCCUGGAGUGGCCUCUGACGUCAGAGCUGUGGUCGCUUGACCGCGUGUAUCGACUUGUCAACUCCGCAUGCGGCGGGUUCGCGAAGGUGUCGGCUUCCGCCGUUGGCCAGCGGCGCGCGAUCGCAGGCCGCUCGGUGCACGCCCAGAGGGAGUUGAUGCUGUUCUGCACGGGCACCUCCGUUACGGCGGCCUUCAGGAAACAUUCGUUAAUCGAGGCCGCCAGAUGCCGCGAGGAGAUCGUGAAGGAGACAGCCCAGUGCACCCACCAGCUCGCGCGCCUCUUCUGGGGCGCUCGCCGCGGUGGCACCCUACUUGCUGCUCCUGACGCCCCGCGGUUCCGAGCGCGCUUCAAGAGCGCCUCCGCUACAGGCGACGGCGACGGCGACUCGCGCCGCGAGCAUCGUGAGCAUCAUGCCGGCCCGCCGCGCCAACCUCUGCGGCGCGCCCUCGUGGCGCGGGUGGUCAAGCCUAAGUCGUCCGAGGCUGAUUGCGACGGCGCGCGCGAGGCCUUGCAGAAGGAGCUGGACGGGAUGCGCCCUGAGCAGGUCUGGGGCGCCAGCGAUGUGCAUGGCUUGCGAGGCUUGUUGAAUGAUUCGCCCCUUUUCGACGCAAUGUUGGGCCGCGUGCUCGCAAUUCUUGGAAUCGAGGGAGAUGGGCUUGGAGAGGAUGGCCAGGAAUGGAAGGCCAGGGCCGUACUUCAAGGAUCUAGCAUUCGCAGUAAGUCCGGCGUUUCGGCCGCGGACUUGCUUGAAGAAGUUGCGAGCGCUCCAGCGUCAUUCUCUGCGGCGCGCGCCGCCCUGGCUGCUGCGGCCCUCGCUGGCUGGGCUGUCAGCCUGGGGGGCGCCGGGGCUGCGUGCUUGCAGGCGCAGAUCGACGCCCCGUCGCGGAUCCCCGCCUACGUCGAGCUCCCGCGGGGGUGGUGGCCAGAUGAGUGGUUCCUGGAUGGCGCCGCGAGCCAGAGACCGAGCAUCGCCGGACCAUUUUGGAGGGCGCUCGACACGGCGAUCCUGUUCAAGGAGCCUGAGCAGGAGAUCGACAGGUACCUGGGGGCCCGCUACACCCUGGACCGGGUCAACCCUGCGUGCCCGUCUGUUCCGCGCCGACUCCACGCGGACAUGUGCGAUUACGUGGCCAACGCCAUCGACAGGUUCGGCAGCGAGUGCCAGGGCGAGCUCCGCAAGGUGAGCACUACCCAUGCCGCCGCAUUGAUUCGGCUGUAUGCCUACCUGAAGGCCGCUGGCCCUAUGGCCCUUGCCGCCGAGCUGUCCCCAGACGACCUGUUCGACAUCGAGCUCUUGAUGUGA